AAGGAGGAUCUCCAUAUACAGGACCAGGACUGGUAUAUAAGGAGGAUCCAGAUCAGAAGGAAGGUGGACACUGAAGGGGAAGAAGAAGAAGAAGCCUGACUCUAACAAGACUCACUGACAGGAUGAAGUACAUUGUGGUCCUGCUGGUUGGUAUCUCCAUUGGACGGGUUCAUUCCUGCAGCCCCCCACCAGGAGCGAUCAAUGUGGCAAGGUCGGGAGAAGCCAAGCAAAGCUCCACGUAUGCACCUCGGUACAUUGCUCAAGCAGCUAAUGAUGGCAGUAGAGCAACCAAUCUCAUCACAGGUCCAUGCUCCAGCACUGCUAAGGACAAUCCCGCCUGGUGGCAGGUGGACCUGAAGAAGGUCUACAAGGUUAACACUGUGGUCAUUGUGAAUAGAGGAGACUGCUGCAGGGAGCGCCUGUUAAAAGCUCAGAUUCGUAUCGGCAAUUCCCCAAAUAAUGACAACCCAAUGUGCAGUAUGAUCACCGACAUCACAAAUCUUAUCAUCACUAUGUGCUGUAACGGGAUGGAGGGUCAGUAUGUGAGUGUGGUUAUUCCCGGGCGGGCAGAAGAGCUCAAUAUCUGUGAAGUGGAGGUCUACGGGGAAGAAGUUAAACCUGCUGAAGUUAAUUUGGCGAGACUGGGAGAAGCCACACAGAGCUCAAUUUACAGACCUGAGUACCACGCCGCUGCCGCCAUUGAUGGCAAUAGGAAUGCAAAUAUGAUGUUGGGCUCAUGUUCCCUCACUGGUGGUGACAAUCCUGCUUGGUGGCGGCUGGACCUAAAGAAGACUUACAAUGUGGACAAAGUGGUGAUAGUGAACAGAGGAGACUGCUGUGGCGAUCGACUGAGAGGGGCUCAGGUUCUUAUUGGAAACUCAGCAGAUAAUAACAACCCAGUAUGCGGCGCCAUAAUCAAUGCUCAAAGCACCAUCACCCUGUCUUGUAACAAGAUGGUGGGUCGGUACGUGAGUGUGGUUAUACCCGGAAGAACAGAAAAUCUCCAGCUCUGUGAAGUGGAGGUUUAUGGGCAAGAAGUUCCAGCUAAUGUUGCGAGACUGGGAGAGGCCACACAGAGCUCACUUUACAGACCUGAGUACAACGCCGCUGCCGCUAUUGAUGGCAAUAAGGCGACAAAUGUGAUGUUGGGCUCAUGUUCCCACACUGGUGGUGACAAUCCUGCUUGGUGGAAGUUGGACCUGAAGAAGAUGUACAAGGUUCAGUCAGUUGUCAUAGUGAACAGAGGAGACUGCUGCAGCGAGCGCCUGAAAGGAGCCGAGAUCCGUGUUGGAAAUUCAGCAGAUAAUAACAACCCCGUAUGCGGCACCAUCACUGACGUCUCAAAAAACCCCAUCACUCUGCCCUGUAACUGGAUGGUGGGUCGGUACGUGAGUGUGGUGAUUCCCGGGAGAGUAGAAUAUCUCCAUAUCUGUGAAGUGGAGGUUAUUGGGUUGGAAAACUGAACACGAUGAAGUUGGAAACGACAAGUUACAUUUAGUCAGUGCCCUAUAAAAGAUUUUAAAAUAAAGAAUAUACUGUACGUCUCUUUGGUAGAGGCAGGACACAGGUGUAAGUUUUGGUGCAGUAUUUUGUGUGUGUUUUUCCUCUUAUAAUCAGAAUAAACUGAUAUGUAAUGAA